GGCGCUCUGCCCUGUUGUUGCUGUGCUGGAAACCCCGUACCGACUCAGAAGGGACCCAAGAUGGCUGAAUACUCACGGGGGGGCUGUUAGCAGUUAUCUGAGCAAGACGUCGGGAAUGAAUGGCAAAUAGCAGUAUAAUGUAAAGCGGUAGCUUUGAAUAAUUAUACGAAUACACCUGUGUGGUUUGCAUAUUACUAAGAGAUGCAUGAAUACCAGUAAGGAGAGAGAGCUCUCUCCGCGGCCCCGAGCCAGAACAUGGCGGAACACUUGGGGAAGAAAUAGCAGCUAACGUUAGCUAGCUGGCGUAUUAUUCAGACUCAAUUAGACACAUUAGUCCAGAGUAAACACGGUGGAUGCGAUCCGCAAAUGUGAAAGAAUGUUAUCGGUGUACAGCUCGGGUCAUUCUGCUUCAAAGGGUUGUUUAACAUUGAGAAUAUGGAGCGUAGGCAGUUAGCGUACUAGCUAGUUAACUCGUUAGGUUUGCUUGCUAACAGAUAAACGUACAAACUGUACUCACAAGCGGUCAGAGUGUUUGUGAACCAUUGAUCUCAACAUAGAGGCUUGUUAUGAAUACAGUUCUUCAAACGAUGUGAAAGGACUCUGCAAUGUCAGUCAGCCCUUGUUUAGUAGAUUAACACGGUAGCUAAUGUCAGUGUCCUCCGCACAGUGAAUUAAGACUGUAGCCUGCUACAAUGGUCCCUAAGCUGGGGUUGUGUGUUGUAUACAGAACUAAGUUUUGAGGCAGCUAAUCAAAUCAGAUUUUCUAUUUGUAAGUACAGGCUCGAUAAGGGGAUCUGUCUGGAUUCGUGUCCAGGUGAUCCACUUGUAAGCUCCUUCAAAGUACAGUUAUCCUGGUUGACCCCUGCCUCUUGUGAAAUCAGUAUAGAGAGGGGGGGGCAGGUGUAGAACUGAGACACCCAGUACAAGCCAACACGGUUGAGGAGGGGGGGCCGGUAACACCUACCUGCGAGGAUGACGGACACUCGCCGACGAGUCAAAGUCUACACCCUCAAUGAGGACAGACAGUGGGAUGACCGUGGGACCGGGCACGUCUCCUCGGGCUAUGUGGAGCGUUUGAAAGGCACGUCCCUCCUGGUGCGAGCAGAGAGUGAUGGUUCCCUACUGCUGGAGUCUAAAAUCAAUCCAAACACAGCCUACCAGAAACAACAGGAUACGUUGAUAGUGUGGUCCGAAGCUGAGAAUUAUGAUCUGGCGCUCAGCUUCCAGGAGAAGGCUGGCUGUGAUGAAAUCUGGGAGAAAAUAUGCCAGGUGCAGGGAAAGGACCCGUCUGUGGACAUCACCCAGGAUGUGGUGGAGGAAUCUGAGGACGAGCGCUUUGACGACAUGUCCUCCCCUGGUCUGGAAUUACCCCCGUGUGAACUGAACCGCUUGGAGGAUCUCGCCGAACUGGUGGCCUCCUCGCUACCGUCACCGCUGCGGCGUGAGAAACUGGCACUGGCUGUGGAGAACGAGGGCUACAUUCGCAAGCUUCUCGAGAUGUUUCGCGUGUGUGAGGAUUUGGAGAACAGAGACGGACUUCACCACCUGUAUGAAAUCAUUAAAGGCAUCUUCCUGCUCAAUCGCACUGCACUCUUUGAGGUUAUGUUCUCCGAUGAGUGUAUCAUGGACGUCAUUGGCUGUCUGGAGUUUGAUCCGGCACUCCCGCAGCCACGGCGGCAUCGAGAGUUUCUGACUAAGACGGCCCGCUUCAAGGAAGUGAUUCCCAUCUCUGAUCCUGAACUGCGUCAGAAAAUACACCAGACGUAUCGGGUGCAGUAUAUUCAGGACAUGGUGCUGCCCACGCCCUCUGUUUUUGAGGAAAACAUGUUGUCCACCUUGCACUCUUUCAUCUUCUUUAACAAGGUGGAGAUCGUGGGCAUGCUGCAGGACGAUGAGAAGUUCCUGACAGACCUCUUUGCACAGCUAACAGACGAGGCCACAGAUGACGACAAAAGACACGAACUGGUGAAUUUCCUAAAAGAAUUCUGUGCAUUCUCACAAACGUUACAACCUCAAAACAGAGAUGCCUUCUUCAAGACGUUGUCAAACAUGGGCAUUCUACCUGCACUAGAGGUCAUACUGGGAAUGGAUGACGUUCAGGUGCGUGGGGCUGCCACAGAUAUCUUCUCUUAUCUGGUGGAGUACAACCCCUCCAUGGUACGAGAGUUCGUCAUGCAGGAGUCUCAGCAGAAUGAUGAUGAUAUCCUCCUGAUCAACCUGAUCAUAGAACACAUGAUCUGUGAUACAGACCCAGAGCUGGGAGGAGCGGUGCAGCUGAUGGGCCUGCUACGAACUCUGGUGGACCCUGAGAACAUGCUGGCUACUGCAAAUAAAACAGAAAAGACUGAGUUCCUAAGUUUCUUCUAUAAGCACUGUAUGCACGUCCUCUCUGCUCCACUCCUGGCCAACACCACGGAAGAAAAGCCCAGUAAAGAUGAUUUUCAAACAUCUCAGUUACUGGCCUUGAUUCUGGAGCUGCUGACAUUCUGUGUUGAGCAUCACACCUAUCACAUCAAGAACUACAUCAUCAACAAGGACAUUCUCAGGAGGGUACUGGUGCUCACUGCCUCUCAGCACGCCUUCCUGGCACUAUGUGCCCUGCGCUUCAUGCGGAGAAUCAUCGGUCUGAAGGACGAAUUCUACAACCGCUACAUCAUGAGAAACUUCCUCUUUGAGCCCGUCAUUAAGGCUUUCCUCAACAACGGCUCACGCUACAAUCUCAUGAACUCUGCCAUCAUUGAGAUGUUCGAGUAUGUCCGUGUGGAGGAUGUGAAGUCUCUCACAGCUCAUAUAGUAGAGAAUUAUUGGAAGGCUCUGGAGGAUGUGGACUACGUCCAAACAUUCAAGGGCCUUAAGCUGCGGUAUGAGCAGCAGCGAGAGAGGCAAGACAACCCCAAACUGGAUAGCAUGCGCUCCAUCCUGAGGAACCACCGCUUCCGCCGUGAUGCACGGACUCUGGAGGAUGAAGAGGAAAUGUGGUUCAACACAGACGAGGAUGACCUCGAGGAUGGCGAAGCCGUGGUUCCUCCUUCUGACAAGAUGAAGCCCGAGGAAGACCUCAUGGAACCUAUAAGCAAGUUCAUGGAAAGAAAGAAAUUGAAAGACACGGAUGACAAAGAGGUACUGGGGAAGUCAAGCUUAUCAGGCAGACAGAACCCCAGCUUCAAGCUUGCCUUCUCUGGCUCCACUAAAACCAGCCUGUCCAGCCCCCCUUCAUCUGCCUCAUUGAACCCUGGUUCUCCAGGAUCACCGGGUUCUCCAGGCUCAGGGGCACGGAGCUCACCCUCUACCACCGCUGUAACCACAAAGGGAGGAUUAGUGGGACUUGUGGACUACCCCGAUGAUGACGAGGAGGAGGAAGAAGAGGAGGAGGAUGGAGAGACUAAAGAGGACCCUCUGCCACCCUCAAAGAAGUCCAAACUGAGCUCAUAGGGAAGCUUCACUGUCUCAGCUUGUGCUUUGUUCAGACAGUUUCAGCUCACAGACUCAACACAGGAAUGAUCAAACUUGUAAACAAAUUGAAUGAAUGAACGCCACCGCUCGCCCUCAGCCGGUGGCCGAAAAGAGGAGCAGACUGUGAACAGAAGCCUCCUCGGACUUGCCCACUUCAUACAAGUGCCAAUCAGGAAACCAGGAGUGACAAAGCGUCUGGAGGGUGGAACGGACGCGUGAAAGUCGGGGGAGAAAAGACCACAACUCAAAAACACCGUCAGCGGACUCGUACAGUAUGAGACAGGAUGGUAACUAAGCAACUGGAGGAGAGACCACAUACAAAAACACGCAAAACUGAAAUCCCAGAGAGCUCGCAAGCUCGGACCAUAACCCACUGCCCCCCCGCCCCCCCACUCAGGGAAGGACAUCACAGCGGCCCAAACGGGUCAGCCAAUUCAGACCCAGAACCACCACUCGCACCCCCUCAAACUCCCCUCCUCGGAGUUCCUCCUCGUUUUAUUUCUCCUUCUUUUCUCUUCUGCUCUUCCUCCCCCUCUUUGUCCGUUGCUUUUUGUCCCUCUAUUUUUUUAAGUUAGUAUAUAGGACCAGACGGGAGGCAGCAUGUGGCAAAGAGCUGUCCUUGUUGUCGUUGAUGAUGUCAUCAGUGUCGUCGUUCCUCAGUGGACGUUCUUUCUCUGAAGAGAAAAAAAGCCAGCAGUUUCCUCAUUACUUUCUUUUUUGUUCUUCUAUUCGUCUCUCAAUCUUUCUCCUGUUUUUUGUAAAUGACAACAAAAAGAGACCUGCCUUUAAAUGUUCAGGACGUUUUCAGUCACACUUGAACAGGUUUUUAAAGACCUCAGUAGGUGAGCUAGUUUUACCCUUUUUGCCCUUUGAAACUGCAGAUUUUUUGGAGAAUUUGUAAUCCCGUCUUGAUUAAAGAUUGAGUGGAAUUCUAGAUGUGAUGAUUUUGUCAUAUCUUCUCUUUUUUUUUUUCCUUUUACAUGAGUGUACACUUAGUUGUUCAGAAUAUUUGGGACCAUUAAAAUGAUCUUUGCUGUAAGAUGUCCUACUACCCUUUGUCCUGAAUGAUAACUCGUUUCCUCACUGCUUCACGCUGUUGUUUCAUUUUGAAUGUGCACCAGGAGAAUGUAUGUCUAUGUUUUAAGUAAAGACGGUACUGUUUGGUUUAACAGACUAA